AAAGCAUUUGCAAUCUCUAGUUUUUCACCAUUUCAAAAAAGUUGGCAUCGCUCUUUCAUUUCAUUUUUUUCCUUUACUGACUUUCAAUCGACAAGAUGGGAAACGACGGCUUACAACCAAAGAUAGAAAUAAUUGUCGGGAAACGUUUCGAGCGUGGACGUCCUCAAUACCUGGCCGUAUGGGCCGGCUAUCCAAUGGUACAGCGCACUUGGAUACCGUUGGAGUACUUAGGCCCUUACAUUGGGUUGGUCGAGAAUUUCGAGGCUGAGCUCCACAAGGCAGCAACAACGAGAAACCGAAGAAAAUAAGAGCAAAGUUAGGACUAACCAAAUAUAUACUAACAAAAAAUAAGUUAUUUUAUUUUGUUAAAAAAAUAUAUUCUGUAAAAAGCCCACUCCUUGAGUUUUGUCAUCUCUUUCUGCAUGCCGAGUAAGUUGGCAGCACUAGUCUAGUUAGUAAGAUUAUUUGGCUGCGUUACUCUAAGAUCAUGUCCAGUGGAAAUCGCUUCAAGAAAACCAAUGCCUAUGGAUCCAGGGGCCACAGCAAGGAUAACGAGGACUACAUUAGUGGAAAAAUUUAUCGGGAAACGCUUCUUGCGAGGACGUGCCCAAUAUUUAGCGAAAUGGGAGGGCUAUCCGGAGGAGGAGAGCACCUGGGAGCCCAUGGAAAAUUUGGGCAAUUGCGCGACGCUGGUUGCCGAUUAUGAAGCGGAGCUUUUCAAGCGGAACAUGGAGCAAAAAAAGUUUAAAUAACUAAAAAGAAUGCUUAUUAAGUACAUUGCGGGCAAAUAAAAGAUAAGUAAUUGUGUAUUAUCUCCUAAAAUAGGCUCUAAAUUUGUAAACAAAAAAAUACAGUAAACCAUAUAAGGCAGUCUUCACUUCAAAAGUUGCCAUCGUUCCCAUUAAAAAAAAUAAGUCUGUCAGUGAUCUUCAAAAAAAUAAAUUGCUAAACAUGUAAAUUUGUUGAAACCGUGAAUUUCUUAAAUAUAUA